AGACAUUUCAUUCUGACUUGUUGGACUUUGCCAUUCGACUUUUGCUUCGGCAAUUUUUUUAAAAUAGCAUUAAAAAAAAUAUAUUUUCCUCGUGAACCUUGUGGAGCAUGGCGGGCGGUGGGAUGGUAUUGCUCUUGUGCUUCCUCCUCUCUCAAGCCUCCGCGUUAGUCUUGGAUUUCAACACAAUCAGAAGCUCCUCGGAAACUGCCCAUCGCUCGGGGAAGGCCUCGCGCUGCUCAGCAGACCCCGACUGCGGCGUCGAGAGGUUCUGCCUCGCUUCUCACCAGCAGGAGCCGGUCUGCGCGACGUGUCGAGGCGUGAGGAGACACUGCGUGCGGGAAGCCAUGUGCUGUUCUGGGAACCACUGCUUGAACAAUGUCUGCACGCGCUCGGACGUGCAGAUCACAGCGCAACCAACGCAGAGGCCGGCAGUGGCGCAGAACACGAAGGAGAGCAAGAAGUCCCCACAGGACAAGCCGUCUCGCAGGAAGAACCAGCAGGAGAGAGGCCAGAGAGCCAAGGAGACGAAGCAAAAGAACAAAAAGGAAAAGGUGGUCGUGGCACCAACAAGAAGAGGGCUGGAGGGAGAGUCGUGUUUGCGGACGUCAGACUGUUCGACGGGACUGUGCUGCGCGCGUCACUUCUGGUCUAAGAUCUGCCGGCCGGUGCUGAAAGAGGGCCAGGUCUGCUCGAAGAGAGGACGCAAGGAGGCCCCGCAGGGUCCCGAGAUCUUCCAGCGUUGCGACUGCGCCCCGGGGCUCACCUGCCGUCACCAGAACCAAGACACGUCGCAGCGCAGAUCCAGGUUACGCGUCUGCCAGGGAACCUAGAGCCGAAGUCCUCCGCGGAGCAACUCCGGGUGAAAGACAGCUGUGGAGCAGACGCGGCUGGGAACACGCAGCAGGUCAGGCAGCACCUACGGAGAGAGGAAACACACGAUGAGCUCGCGUCAGAACCUGCUGCGCGUUCCCAGCGACGUCUGUUUUUAUUUCAGAUUUCCAGCAUCUGCAGUAUUUUUGCCUUCUUUUCCCCCCUCCAAAACAGUUGUAAAUUAACCUGUUCAGCUCCAGUCCCGGGGAUAACGCCAGGAUAUUCUGUCGAGCCCCUCGAGACGUCUCAACCGCCCCGAUAAGGCGCUGUGUCGAACGCGAGGAUCGCUAUCGUUUAGAGUGUUUUGUGACUGCGCA